AUGAGCUUAUCUCUGAGUCUGUGGAGGAGAAAGCAGGUGUGGAUACAAUGGAAUCAGUCCUUAGGGAUCUGGACGAUUGGAGUGAUGAUGAUGAGCAUGAGGAAGAAUCUGUGGAGAAGGUAUCAGAAAUCAAGGCUCGCUACUAUGAGGAGCUGGGCACUAGUGCGACAAAACCAGUAUCAUCUUUGACACAGUCCCCGGUGCUAGAACUUAAACCAUUGCCUAGCCAUUUAAAAUAUGCCUAUCUUGGAAUAGAUGAUACUUUGCCAAUAAUUAUCUCUUCUUCCUUGACAGGUGAUCAGGAGCAACAGCUCCUAAGCGUGCUGAGAGAGCACAAGGAGGCAAUAGGAUGGACUAUUGCAGAUAUCAAAGGGAUCAGCCCUUUGAUUUGCACUCACAGGAUAAUGUUGGAAGCUGAGUGCAAACCCAUAGUGCAACCACAGAGGCGACUUAACCCAACUCUCAAAGAGGUAGUGAAGAAAGAAGUGCUUAAACUGUUGGAUGCAGGUAUUAUCUAUCCUAUCUCAGAUAGUAAAUGGGUUAGUCCUGUUCAAGUAGUGCCCAAAAAGGGUGGUAUGACUGUGGUUAAAAAUGAGGUCAAUAAAUUAAUCCCGACUCGUACUGUGACUGGGUGGAGAGUUUGUAUAGAUUACAGGAAACUAAAUGAUGCUACCCGUAAAGACCAUUUCCCCCUCCCCUUCAUUGAUCAGAUGCUAGAAAAACUUGCAGGGCAUGAUUAUUAUUGUUUUCUAGAUGGUUAUUCUGGUUACAAUCAGAUUCAUAUAGCACCCGAGGACCAGGAGAAAACCACAUUUACUUGUCCUUAUGGCACUUUUGCCUUUAGGAGAAUGCCUUUCGGUCUCUGUAAUGCACCUGCCACUUUCCAGAGGUGCAUGAUGUCUAUAUUUUCUGACAUGUUAGAGAAUUUUAUUGAAAUAUUUAUGGAUGAUUUCUCUGUUUUUGGGAAGUCAUUUGAAUCUUGUCUGACAAAUUUAGGCUGUGUGCUUAAAAGAUGUAAGGAGACUAAUCUGCUUCUGAACUGGGAGAAAUGUCAUUUUAUGGUAAGAGAGGGUAUAGUCUUAGGUCACAAGGUGUCAAAGAAAGGGAUUGAAGUUGAUCGAGCAAAAGUGGAGAUAAUAGAGAAGUUGCCACCACCCACUUCAACAAAAGGAGUAAGGAGCUUCUUAGGACAUGCUGGCUUCUACAGGAGAUUUAUCAAGGACUUUUCUAAAAUCUCUAGACCUCUUUGUAAUUUACUUGAAAAAGAUUCUGCUUUUGUUUUUAAUGACAAUUGUUUGCAGGCAUUCAAUUUAUUGAAGGAGAAACUCACUUCUGCACCAGUGAUCGUUGCACCUAAUUGGGAGCUUCCGUUUGAGCUGAUGUGUGAUGCCAGCGACUAUGCUGUAGGAGCAGUACUUGGGCAAAGGAGAGGUAAGGUAUUUCAUGCAAUAUACUAUGCUAGUAGAACUUUAAAUGAGGCCCAAAAGAACUAUGCCACAACUGAAAAGGAGCUUUUAGCAGUCAUAUUUGCAUGUGACAAGUUUCGGCCUUAUCUGAUAGGUUCUAAGAUCAUAGUAUACACAGACCAUGCUGCCCUGAAAUAUUUGUUUGCCAAAGCUGAUGCUAAACCUAGGCUAAUUCGUUGGAUUCUACUGCUACAAGAAUUUGACCUGGAAAUUAGAGACACAAAGGGAACUGAAAAUGUAGUGGCUGAUCACUUAUCCCGUUUGGAAUCUGAUUGUUUAGAUUCACCCAUUAAUGAAAAGUUCCCUGAUGAACAAUUGCAUGUAGCAGAAAUCCAAGGAUUACCUUGGUAUGCUGAUAUAGUCAAUUACAUGGUUAGCAACAUCACACCAUAUGGUUUGUCAUCUCAACAGAAAAAGAAAUUUUUGCAUGAUGUGAAAUACUAUUUUUGGGAUGAACCAUAUCUGUUUAAAUAUUGUGCUGACCAAGUAAUUAGACGCUGUGUGCCUGAAACUGAGACUUGUGGACAGGUUGAGGUGUCCAAUAGGGAAAUAAAGCGUAUCUUAGAGAAAACAGUCAAUGCAUCUAGGAAAGAUUGGUCUUUAAAACUUGAUGAUGCAUUGUGGGCUUACAGGACAGCUUUCAAAACCCCCAUAGGAAUGUCCCCAUACAAGAUUGUUUAUGGUAAAUCAUGUCACCUACCAGUAGAGCUUGAGCACAAAGCAUAUUGGGCCAUAAAAUACCUUAACUUUGAUUUACAAGCUGCAGGUGAAAAGAGAUUGCUCCAAUUGAAUCAGAUGGCUGAGAUGAGAGAGGAAGCAUAUGAAAAUGCUAGGAUAUACAAGGAGCGAGCCAAGCGAUGGCAUGAUAGGAACAUCCUAAAGCGAGAGUUUUUGCCUGGUCAGAAAGUCCUAUUAUACAACUCUCGCUUGAAGUUGUUCCCAGGUAAGUUAAAAUCUCGAUGGUCUGGACCAUUUGUUAUUUCUAAUGUUUUUCCCUAUGGUGCAGUUGAGCUGAAGUCAGAAGAUGACCGCACUUUUAAAGUAAACGGUCAUCUUCUCAAGCAUUACUUUGAAGGGGAAAAUAUUGAUGGUGAUGCCACUACGGUGGAUCUAGCAAAUUCGGUUGAAGAAUUGGAAAAGUCGAACUAGCGACUAUAAACUAAGUGCUUCAUGGGAGGCAGCCCAUGUCUGAGAGCUAAAGUCCCUGUUGGCUC